UUAAAUUUAUUAUUAUUAUUAUUAUUAGUUUUGAAUAAAAUAUUUAUUUCCAUUAUCCACGACAUAACUAAAAAUACUUCAUAGUGAUCUAGAAAAGAGAUAUAGAGAGAGAAAUUCAUAAAUUAGUUACAGUUAGGACCCCCUCCUGCGUUGAUGCCGCGUUAUUCUAAGCAAUGUCGCUCUCCGACGCCUCCCCAUUGAUUUUCUGAGGCAUAUGCAACGGCCUCUCCCUCUAUCUUUCUCUCUCCAUCAACCCACACCUCACAAACAAAACCCAAAUUCAAACUCUAUGUUCCUCUUUUGAACCCCUCUGAAAUUUUGCAAUCUCCACAGCUAAGAAACCAGACAUAAGACAGUUUUUGAGUAAAGAAACAGCUGAAUUUGUAAGUUUGACAAUGGAUUAUCAAUGAUGGGUAAAAUGUACAGCAACUACGUGAUAGGCAUUGAAUCAUGGGCAAAUGUUGAUCUUGCGGAAUUAUAUUGUACCGAAAACAUUAGAUUCUUUUGCAUACAUUUUUGUUAGAUUUGUAAAGGAAUAAGGGUAUAUUGAAGAUUUAUAGUUCAUAGAGAAAUUUUGUUAUUAGUCAUUUUAGAAAUUGUACAUUAAUUGUUUGACAUAUGUACCAUUUGUUGGCGCGAUACGAGUUGUUAUUGUAUUCAUAGGCAUUUGGUGAUAAAAAUUUAGGGAAACCAAUCGCACAAUCUUUUGGGUUGAGUGUGUGUAGGGGACAAAGUGUGUUCGACUUCUUUGUCCGAAUUCAGAGAAGUAAUAGUAGUUUCUGAAUUUUGAUGGGUAUUAAGGAAUAAGGCUUGAAAAGCCAGAGAAUGUUCAUUCACAGCUAAAUAGAUAUUUGAUUUCUUCCAAGACCAUGGCAAGUGAAACUCCUGGUACUUCAGGAGAAUUUUAUGCCGAUAAACAUGCACAUAAUGUAUCUGAACAAACGGGUGAGGAAUUUUCUGCAGAGUUUCUUAGGGAUCGCGUUAUGCCAAGAAAUGUACGUGUAAUGAAUGACAUGCAGCCUCAGCAGAAGAGAGUUGACUCAAACUGUAUUCAGGAUCAUCAGCUUGUUUAUGAGGAUCUUACUGGCCUUCUUGGGAUAAAAAGAAUGGAUUCUGAAAGUGGUACAGAUAAUUCAGAUGCUUCUACCAAGAAAGGAUAUUUGCCGGAACUAGAGAAGAAGGUUUAUCCAGAAUUGGUAAGCAGACACCAUAAGGAAUAUAGAGUCAGUGGACAACAACCACGGAAUUCUUCGGGUGAAACUAAUUGUGAUCAAGCUGUACCUGGUCCAACUGGCACACCCCUUUAUGGACCAGACUCGCCUAAUGCAUACCAGCUGUGUGGUUUGGGGUCAGGAGUUUCAGACUGUUCUUUCUCUGGUAAAAUGAAAUUCCUCUGCAGCUUUGGGGGAAGAAUAUUACCGAGGCCAAGUGAUGGGAAGCUCAGAUAUGUGGGAGGGGAAACACGGAUUAUAUCCAUUAGGAAAAACCUGAGUUAUGCUGAACUUGUAAAGAAGACUUCUGCCAUUUGCAAUCAACGUCAUACGAUUAAGUACCAGCUCCCUGGUGAGGAUCUUGAUGCACUCAUUUCUGUAUCUUCUGAUGAGGAUUUUCAUCAUAUGAUUGAGGAAUAUCAUGAUUUGGAAAAAGUAAAUCAAAGGCUGCGUAUAUUUCUUGUAUCUUCUGUUGAUCCUGAAAGCCCAUGUUCUUUUGAAGCAAAGACUACUGGACAGCAGUGUGAUGUUGAUUAUCAAUAUGUUGUUGCGGUUAAUGGCAUGCUGGAUCCAAGUCCACGGAGGAGCUCUAGCACUCAAAGCCUGGCAAGCCAAGCAAGCCUGUUGGGAAGUAAUUUGGAUUGUAGUCCAACCUUUCAAAGAGACUCUCCUACUUCCCUUCAUCCAAGGAGUUUCCAUGUGCAACUUUAUGAAGAUCGUGUGUGCUCUGAUGGUCAUGAUCAAAGCAACAAUCCAAUUGUUAUGGACCAACCGGCAUAUGACAAUUCCUAUGGUGUUGAGGCCACAAGCUGUUAUUAUAAUCAUCCUCGUGAACCUGUGUCAGUGGUGAAUUACCAUCAUCAAAACAAGCAAUUGGUAGAACCUAAACAGACACGUGAGGUGCAUUUCCUAAAUCGUACCCCCAGCAGAGAUUUAUUGUCUUCUCCUCUAUAUUGUCAGGGUGAUAUUGACAUUGAAGGGCCUCUGCACAGUGAAAAGGCAAUCCGUCCGGAAAAGAUCCUCUAUACUCCUGAAGAUUCAACAGGCCUAUAUUCUGUGUCUGAUGUUCCAGUAGGUGCUCAUCCUAGAAUGUCACAUGCGCUCUCUGACUCGCAUUUGCAAGAUGAACGGUUGUCCAAUCUAGAAGAAGGUAAAAUCCCAUGGUACCCCCUGAAUUCUGAAGUAGAAAAUUCACCUUCCUUGGCAAUGUCAAAUUCUUCACAAGAAAGGCUCGUGCAAAGGCAGCAGAUGAUGGACGAGAAAAACCAAGAGGCUAAAAAUGAUAAUCAGCCCGCUUUCAAGACACCAGACAAUAACAAGGAAUCCAUAGAAUGGGGGAAAAAUACAUUGAAGUGGAAGAACAAGAAAGACACUUCAUUGGGUCAGGACAGGGAACAUUAUGAAGGAAAUUUGAAUAUUUCAUCAUAUGCUAAUGCUGUGGAACAUAAUAUUAACUUGCCAAAAAUUCACUGCUACCCAAACUCAAUACCCCGUGUUCAUAUCUCACAACAAGAGGCACAAGUUCCUGGAGGCAUCAGCUCUCUUUCCCCAGCAAUCGAUUUGGAUAUUUCCGCAAACAGCAUGAGAGAGCAACCCAAGGGUUAUCAAUUAAAUUCAGAUGAAUCUGAGUUUCUUGUCCAGAGCCAAAAGACUAACAUGGAUCUGCAGCAUAGUAUGACUGGUACAAUGAGUGACAAAACUGCUUCGCGGGGAUCUUCUGAAGUACAACCCAUCAAAUCUUGGGAAAUGAGUAAACAAGAACCCAUUGCUGCAGCAGCUGUAGAUUUAACUACAAUUGCAAGAGAUGGAUCGGGUUCAAAGUUAAACUUUCUCGAGAAUGAUCCUCCUGUCACUAAAUCCUCUAUUAGAAAUCCCACCACUGAUACGUCCUUAGAUAGAGAGUUUUAUCUCCAUGAUGAGGACCUUUCAAAUCAUCCUAAUAAUGUGCUGAAAUCAGGGAUUAUUGUUGAAGAUGUAACUGACAGUGUGCCUCCUGACAUCCCCUCAUCCUCAACAGCUGUCCCACAUAUACAAGAUGACUCCACGGAUGAAAUUUUGUCCCCUAGAGAAACAGAUACUGAAAGCGUCGCCCCAGAAUCUGACUAUGAGGAUUAUAGAGUUGAUAAAAAAGAAAAGGAUGAAUCUAUUAGUGAUGCCAUAAUAGCCGAAAUGGAAGCAGGCAUCUACGGUUUGCAGAUCAUAAAGAAUGCUGAUCUUGAAGAACUACAGGAGUUAGGAUCCGGUACAUAUGGAACUGUAUAUCAUGGAAAGUGGAGGGGAACAGAUGUUGCUAUCAAGAGAAUCAAAAAGAGCUGUUUUGCAGGGAGAUCAUCAGAGCAAGAGCGAUUGACCAAAGACUUCUGGAGAGAGGCCCAGAUUCUGUCAAAACUUCACCAUCCAAAUGUGGUAGCAUUUUAUGGAGUUGUUCCUGAUGGGCCAGGUGGAACAUUGGCGACAGUAACUGAAUACAUGGUCAAUGGGUCACUACGGCAUGUCCUAGUAAAGAAGGAUCGCGCACUUGAUCGGCGUAAAAGACUUAAAAUUGCAAUGGAUGCAGCUUUUGGCAUGGAGUACUUACAUUUGAAAAAUAUUGUUCAUUUUGAUUUGAAAUGUGACAAUCUGCUUGUCAAUUUGAGAGAUACCCAACGACCCAUAUGCAAGGUUGGAGAUUUUGGAUUAUCAAGAAUUAAACGCAAUACACUUGUGUCUGGUGGUGUGCGAGGAACCCUUCCAUGGAUGGCACCAGAACUAUUGAAUGGUAGCAGUAGUCGAGUUUCCGAGAAGGUUGAUGUAUUCUCCUUCGGGGUUGCUAUGUGGGAGCUCUUGACUGGGGAGGAGCCCUAUGCGAACAUGCAUUGUGGUGCUAUAAUAGGUGGGAUUGUAAGUAACACACUCAGGCCUCCCAUUCCCGAACGCUGCGAUACUGAGUGGAGAAAAUUGAUGGAGGAGUGCUGGUCACCUGAUCCAGCAGCCAGGCCAUCAUUCACAGAGAUAACGAAUAGGCUGCGUGAUAUGUCAACAGCACUGCAGCCAAAGCGGCCUAGUCAGUUGAAGAGAUGAGAUUCUACAUCCCCAUGUAAGUUACAAGGAAAAACAAAGUGUCCUUCCUUUAUGAGAUGAGUUUGUGAAAUGUCCUCCAUACAAGCAAUUGAAGAAAAUUCACAAUUUUUUUCUCACUUUUGGUAUUAAAAUUGUACAGCACUUGUUUUUUGCUUAAUUAUUAUACAAAACCAGAAGCUUUGAUAGUGCAUCAUGGUGACAAUAGGGUAAUAUGUAAUUAUGUUUUUAUGGAUAUUAAAAUCACCCUCUUGAAUGUACUAGCAUAUUGUAAAUGCUUGCCAAUGAGAGCUUCUUUUUGUUUGCCAA